UCGAAGCAUAUUUUUGUGCCAUUUGGAUUUGCAUUUUGCAUUUGAUUGACGCUAUCAAAAGUGUAAUUUUUCUUUGCUACUUGACCGUAAUCAAUUUAAUAAAGUCAAAAUGAUGGGCGAUAAAAGUGACCAAAGUAUCAUGGAUAAAUCCAUGCGUUCGGUGUUUGUCGGAAACAUUCCCUAUGAAGCAACAGAGGAGAAGUUGAAGGACAUCUUCAGUGAAGUCGGUCCGGUGAUUUCUUUGAAGCUCGUAUUCGAUCGUGAAAGUGGUAAACCAAAAGGAUACGGUUUCUGUGAAUAUAAAGAUCAGGAGACGGCUCUGAGUGCUAUGCGCAAUUUGAAUGGUUACGAAAUAGGUGGUCGCGCUUUGCGCGUAGACAAUGCUUGUACUGAGAAAUCUCGAAUGGAAAUGGCAGCGCUGUUGCAGGGUCCUCAGAUUGAUAAUCCUUACGGAGACCCGUGCGAUCCGUCCCAGGCUCCAGAAAUUAUCACGAAAACGGUAGUUUCUCUACCACCCGAGCAGAUGUACGAGUUGAUGAAACAGAUGAAGACUUGUUUCCAGAAUAAUCCUGUAGAAGCUAGAGAUUUACUUUUGAAAAAUCCCCAACUGGCUUACGCGCUUUUGCAAGCACAAGUUGUUAUGAGAAUUGUCGAUCCAGCAUCGGCAGUGAAUUUUCUUCAUAAACCUAAUCAAUUGCCGCCCAUUUUGACGGGUGAUUCAUCAACCAUUUCUCCAUCGCAACACUCGCCGGCACCUCUUCCCGUUCCAGCCCCGAUGCCAGUUCCUCCGGUUGGAGCACCCGCUUCUUUCAGUGGAAAUGUCGGUCAUGACGUUGAUUUACGGAACGUCGAUCCUAGACUAAGCCGGCAAUUGAAUUUGGACCAGGAUAUGCGUUCUUUGGGCGCGACUGGCGGAGUUCCGCCGCCGAUGGAAAAUAUGAGUGGAAACUUUAAUCAGCGUGGGGGUCCACCCCCACGUCCUAUCGGACCCCAGAUGCCGCCUCAAUCAAAUCCUUUCCCGGUGGAUCCACGCCAACGGCCGGUUGACCCCCGUCAGGGUCCCAAAGACCCACGUCAACAGCCAGGUGGGUCAAUCGGAGUUGGAGGAAGACCUGGACCAUCGGCUCCACCGCCAUCGUCAAGUGCCGCAGCUACUGCAGCAGCAGCUGCCUCUUCCAAUGGUAUUCCAAAUGAUGCUUCCGAUCAGGAGAAGGCCGCACUCAUUAUGCAAGUUUUGCAACUAUCGGACGAGCAAAUCGCUAUGUUACCACCGGAACAGCGCACCAGUAUUCUCGUGUUGAAGGAGCAAAUAGCCAAGAGUACGCAGAGAUAAAUGCCAGGCCGAGUUACGUGAUGAACAUUAACAACUGCAGUUCACGGCAAAACGAUGUGCUUCUAUCAAGAAUAUCAAAACAAAUAAACUUGCAUGGCAGGUAAGCUUGCAU